AUGAGUGCGCCCUCAACGAGCACAGGUGGUGGAGCUCGUGUUCCGGGGUCUGGUCCCGUGGCUGGGGGCUCCGCCGCUUCCGCAUCUGCGGAGGUUCCGGCGGAUGUCCCUGGCCCCGGGCCCUCCAAAAAGGGUGGGAGGCGACGUCGUAGGCGUGGGCCUAGACGAGCCUCCUCUAAAGAUGAGGCUGCUCCUUCGGGCACUUCCGCCAAGAAGGAGAAGCGGGUCUGUCCUCCUCCCAGGUCCCCUUCUAAGUCGGUGGUUUCGCUGACGGGGGAGGGGAAGAAGGAAACGUAUGCGUCGGUUCUCUCUAAGGCUAUGAGGGAGAUCGAUCUGCCCAGUUUGGGGAUCGCAAACUCCCGAUUGCGCCGAGGAGUGACGGGUAGCAUUCUAGUGUCUAUCCCGGGUAAGGACUCUGCGAGUAAGGCGGAUGCAUUGUCGGGCGAGCUCCGCAGACUGUUCUCGUCUGAUGGUGAUGUGAGGGUUGGCCGCCCCUCCCGCAUGGAGGAGUUACGUGUUCGGGGAAUACUGGCCUUCAUGAGGAGAGAGGAGAUCUUGGCUUCCGUGGCAGUGUCGGGCGGAUGCGGCGUUGCGGAUUUAAAGGCGGGAGAGAUCCGUAUGUGUCCCAAAUCCAGGGUUGGAUCCCUGUGGAUCCGUUGUCCGGUGGGGGCUGCGCGCAGAUUGGGAAUAUUGGGUAGCAUUGAUAUGCGGUGGACGAGGCUGACGAUCACUGCGUUGGCUCGUCGGCCCAUACAAUGCUACAGGUGCCAUGCCUUUGGACAUUCGUUCAAUAGGUGUGGCUCCGAGGUUGUUCGCAGCAACGCUGCUUCAGGUGUGGAAAGGAGGGACAUCAGGCGGCUAGGUGUGAGGCGCCGCUCCGCUGUGUGUCUUGCGAGACCGAUGGUAGGCGUGCGGACCACCGUGCAGGCUCAAACGCCUGUGCUAGGAAACUGGUGCCCCCUCGUAGGACGGAUGUAG